UCUGCUUCCGCUACCGGGAGAUUUAUUUCCGGGUUCUGCAUGCCAGUUGAAGGAGUGGCGCGGGAAGUUACAGGCAGUUAAUGUGAUAGUACGUGUUAGUGGCUGUAAUGAAGUCACUAGAAUCCAGUGAGAGUGAUUCCGAUGAGUUGCCAACAUUUUCCUUUCUGAAGAAGGAACUGUCUUCUACAGAGAGAAGGCAGCCUCAGAGGGCAGAGAAGAUUGUAGUGAUUGACUCCUCAGAUUCUGAGGCCUCCUGUUCUCCAUCACCAGGAUUGAAAGAUCCACCACCUGUCUCAGACACUGAUGAAACUUUCACACAACCAAAGCCAGUCAGAGUACUAAGCAGCGAAAGUGAAAGUGAAGAGGAAUUGGUUCCCCUGGCUGAGAGGCUUAAGUGUAAGUUUUUGACACACAAGUGGCUGAGCUCUGAGGACUCUAGCUCCCCAGUUGAAAGUGUUUUGGAUCAUCAAAAUAAUGAAGGAGCAUCAUGUAACUUGAAAAAACAGCCCUUUUCAAAGAUCCCUGAUGUUCCCGUCUAUGAUACUUCAGAGAGGAGUGUGUUAGGUCACCAGGACCCUGUCUUAGACAAUCCAUGCAGUCAGCUUCCAGCUUACCGGUUUACCCACCUUGUUCAGAACAACAGGCUGGAAGUAACCAAAACAAAUUCUGAUGUCCCCCAACCCCAGAAGAGAACCAACCACAGGAAGAAGGUCCUGAGAAGAGACUUGCAGGGAUGCCAGCAGCAGGAACAAGGAAGCCAGAAGGAAGGCACCCCAAGACAACAGGAAAGAAAGAAGAAGGCAGCGCUGGUCAACAGGGCGACAGUCCCGAGGCCAGAGGAAUGCUUAAAGCACAUUGUUGUGGUGCUGGAUCCAGUGCUUCUACAGAUGGAAGGUGGGGGCCAGCUCCUGGGAGCUCUGCAGUCCAUGGAGUGCUGCUGUGCAAUCGAAGCACAGGCUGUGCCUUGCAGUAUCACUUGGAGAAGGGCAGGACUGGCCGAGGAUGGAGAGGACUGGGUGGAGGAGCAGUUGAUCCUUGUGUUACUCCUGGCAGAAGCUUUUGUGUCCAUGAUCUACAACUUUAAGCAGGGAGGUCCAGGCAGCACCGAGAAAGGGAAGGACACACUUCGGGGCUUCAUAACUGAUGUUACAGCACGGACAGCAGGGAAAGCUGUAUCACUGGUGGUUGUGGAUCAGGAGAAAAGCUUCAGGGCUCAGAAUCCUCCAAGGAGAAGGAAACAGGGAGCAGCAAGUAAACGGGUCAAGGAGAAGCAGCAGAGAAGAGAGCCCAGCGCAGGGCCUAUGGUGUCCAGGGUAGAUGUGGAAGAGGCAUUGGUGGAUCUGCAGCUACACACAGAAGCCCAGGUUCGGAUUGUGCAGAGCUGGAAAGAACUGGCUGACUUCGCCUGCACGUUCACAAAGGCUGUGGCUGAGGCACCCUUCAAGAGACUCCGAGAUCAAACUGGCUUCUCCUUCUGCCUGGAGAGCGACUGGGCUGGAGGGGUGAAGGUAGACCGCUCUGGCAGGGGACUGGCACUAGUCUGGAGAAGACAGAUUCAGCAGCUGAACCGAGUCAGCCUAGAAAUGGCCAGUGCUGUUGUGGGUGCCUAUCCCUCCCCUCGGCUCCUGGUACAGGCUUAUCAGAGGUGUUUUUCAGAGCAAGAACGCCAGAAUUUGCUGGCAGACAUACAGGUGCGCCGUGGGGAAGGUGUGACAUCCACUUCCCGCCGUGUUGGGCCAGAGCUGUCUAGGCGUAUCUACCUUCAGAUGACCACUUUGCAGCCAGAUCUCUCUUUAGAUGGUGCUGACUGAUGCUGGUUCACAGGGACAAGGAUAAAAUGCUGAUUUGUACCUCCCCAGCCUUAGAACCUGACUGUAAUGAAGAGAAUGGAAGCACCUCUUGGGGCUAGCCAAGAGGUGGCCCAGUCUUUCUCCUUACUUGUCCCCUUCCCUGUGAACUCAGGGCAGAAGGCUGAGACAUUUGGUUCUGCUCUUCUCCCAGCAAAAAUCAGCUGCUACCCCUGCCCCAGCCAACUCUCGAAACACAAAGAAACAAAGACAGACCACUCAGACAUGGAUUUAAUAAUUGUAGAAAUCCAAAAGAAUCAGCAUCAAAUCUCGAAGUCGGAGUGAACUCUUGCCUGCAGGUUGGCUCAGCCACUGAGCUGCCUCAACCAGCCAAAGAAACUAUGGACUAGGCUGACUUCUGUAUUUUCAUAAUCUCAUUGUUAUGUAUUACGUGUUUAGUUUCAAUAAAGCAUUUAUACCAAUGGCUCUGGAGCUUGGAGGAAGACUAAGGAAUGUGUAGUGAUUCUGAGUAAGGUGUGGACCUGCGUGGCACAGCUAUCCUUGGGGAGGAGAGAGCAAAGUCCUUUCUUCUGGUAUCGGGACAGUCAUGAGUGGGAGAACUACCCAGAUGGGCCACUAGGGCGAAAGAGCUGGACCCUGCCCCCUGUCUCUAAACUAUGACAGAUUUUUGCUCCCUAUGGAGAGAGGCAAAGAGCUAUUGGGAGUUUUCAGUGAAUGAGCACUGAGACACGGUACUUUCUGAUCCCUUCAUUCAACUGUUUGUAAAAAGAUGAGGAAGAGGCAAGAAAAUGCUUAAUCUAGCAGCCAAGAGAAUGGACAGUGCUGCCCUUGUUUGUGCUAGUCUUUAGUUUUAUGCACCACUUUUCAGCUCCACGUUGCUACUUGUUUCCCUUCAUUUCCUAGUUUCCAUUCAUUCCUUCCCUUCUGUCAUAGGUCUAGAAUCAAACAAUUCUGAACCUAAGUGUCUAUGAAGCUGAGUGUUCAGGUUGCCUCUGAGGUAUUUAGUCACACCUAGUGCU